AUGGCCGAAGACCACUUCUCCUCCGCGGCGUCCGCCCCGUCGGCGGCGGCGACCGCGGCGGCCGCGGCGGCGGCGGCGGUCGGGUCCUCGGUGAUCCCGAUCGUCAACAAGCUGCAGGACAUCUUUGCGCAGCUGGGAAGCAGCUCCACGAUCGACCUGCCGCAGGUGGCCGUGGUCGGGAGCCAGAGCAGCGGCAAGUCCAGCGUCCUCGAGGCGCUCGUCGGCCGCGACUUCCUCCCGCGGGGCUCCGACAUCUGCACGCGCCGCCCCCUCGUGCUCCAGCUCGUGCACCAGCCGCGCCGGCCCGCCGACGCCGAGGCCGAUGAGUGGGGCGAGUUCCUGCACCUCUCGGGGCGUCGCUUCUACGACUUCCGCGAAAUUCGACGCGAGAUCCAGGCAGAAACAGACCGAGAGGCAGGUGGUAACAAAGGUGUCUCGGAUAGGCAGAUACGAUUGAAGAUUUUUUCUCCAAAUGUUCUUAACAUUACUUUGGUCGAUUUGCCUGGAAUCACUAAGGUGCCAGUUGGUGACCAGCCAACUGAUAUUGAAGCCAGAAUAAGGACUAUGAUAAUGUCAUACAUCAGGCACAAGACAUGUAUCAUCUUAGCUGUUUCGCCAGCAAAUGCAGAUUUAGCAAACUCUGAUGCUCUUCAGAUGGCUCGGGUUGCUGAUCCUGAUGGUUCUCGAACGAUUGGUGUUAUCACAAAGUUGGACAUAAUGGACAGGGGCACUGAUGCCCGGAACUUUCUGCUGGGAAAUGUGAUCCCCUUAAAACUUGGCUAUGUUGGUGUCGUUAACCGCAGCCAGCAGGAUAUCAACUCUGACCUCAGUAUCAAGGAUGCUCUGGCCCGUGAAGAAAAAUUCUUCCGUACUCAGCCGGCAUAUCAUGGUCUUGCUCAGUACUGUGGGAUACCACAGUUAGCAAAGAAGCUAAAUCAGAUUCUGGUCCAACAUAUAAAAACAGUUCUGCCGGGGCUUAAGUCACGCAUAAGCAGUCAAUUGACUGCUGUUGCUAAGGAGCUUGCUGUGUAUGGUGAUCCUGUUGAUUCAAAGGCUGGUCAAGGUGCUAAGCUCUUGAACAUACUAGCUAAAUACUGUGAAGCUUUCUCCUCCAUGGUGGAAGGAAAAAUGAAGAUAUAUCGACAAUUGAACUUUCUGGAGGUUGAUCCUUGCGAGGAUGUUACAGAUGAAGAUAUCCGCAUGGCUAUUCAAAAUGCAACUGGUCCUAGAAGUGCUCUGUUUGUACCAGAAGUUCCAUUUGAAGUCCUUGUACGUAGGCAGAUCAGCAGAUUGCUUGAUCCAAGUCUUCAGUGUGCACAGUUCAUAUAUGAUGAACUUGUGAAGAUGAGCCAUUGCUGCCUUGCAACGGAGUUGCAGCAGUUUCCUAUACUCCGCAGAAGCAUGGAUGAAGUCAUUGGGAAGUUUUUGCGGGAUGGACUUAAGCCAGCAGAAAGUAUGAUAGCACACAUUAUUGAGAUGGAGGAAGAUUACAUAAACACAUCACACCCAAAUUUUAUUGGUGGCAGCAAGGCUGUUGAGCAAGCACAGCAGCAAGUUAGGUCUGCCAAAAUGUCGGCAGCAGUGGUAAGAAAGGAUGGAGUGGAUGCACAGGCUUCUGAGAAAACUCAAAAAUCACGCGCGAUAUUGGGUAGAAGUGGUGUAAAUGGAGUAGUUACUGACCACAUCCAGGGGGUACGGCCUGCUGCUGAGGCAGAGAGACCAGGAUCUUCUGGUAGUGGAAGUACAUCUUUCUGGAAUCAAAUAUUUACUUCCAAUGAGGACAAAACACAUUCUCCUGCAAGGGAUAACACAGCAAACAAAUCUUAUGCUGUGCCUGCACCCAAUCUGGAACAUUCACUCUCCACGAUACAAUUAAGAGAGCCACCAGUCGUCCUGAAGCCUUCAGAACACCAGUCUGAGCAGGAGGCACUUGAAAUAGCGAUCACAAAGUUACUAUUGAAGUCAUAUUACAAUAUUGUCAGGAAAAAUGUGGAGGACUUCAUACCAAAAGCAAUUAUGCAUUUCCUGGUUAAUCACACAAAAAGGGCGCUGCAUAAUUACCUUAUAACAAAACUUUAUAGAGAUGAUCUUUUGGAAGACUUGCUCAAAGAACCUGAUGAGAUAACCAUAAAGAGGAAGCAGAUACGUGAAAAUCUUAAGGUCCUUCAACAAGCUUAUAAAACUUUGGACGAGAUACCACUUGACGCAGAGGCAGUAGAGAGGGGUGGAUACUCCCUCGAUUCUGAUGCGAUUGGUCUACCAAGGGCCCAUGGGCUUUCUUCAUCCCUCCACGUAUUCAAUGAUGGAAGCUCACCAUAUUCAACCCCAAAGCAGUCAAGGUCAAGGAGGUCAAACCAUUCUGGCGAGCAGCCCCCUUUCAACCCCAAUAUGAGUGGCAAUGGUUUUUGA